AUGAAGCAUCACUUCCCGUUCGGCAAUACAAUAGAGCUACAAAGCAUUGUUGAGCUUGAAGACCAAUGGCUGUACAACAAACCCCUCUUUUUCAGCCAAGAUGCUUUGGACAUGCCAAAGACAACUGAUGACACGCCUAUUCUGGGUGUUGUGAUCGAUGUGCCCAAGGCUGGCAAAGGAGCAGAGGCUAGGAAGGAAGACUCUCGGUCGGUAAAGAUAUCUAGGGUCAGCACAAUGGAAAACCUUUUGGACCGGAGGCUCAGAACGCCCAAAGAUGCCAAGAAAAGACUCUGGGCCAUGUUCUCCGCUGGACCGGAUGAUAUCACUCAUUGUGAAAACACUGCUGGACCAGAUCCCAUUACGCAGCACCAGAUGGCCAACUUCCACCGGAGCCACAAAUCUUUUGAAAAACGUUUUGAAGAGGAGACCGUGGCAAAGCUGAAAACAUGGACGACUGAGCCUCACUUGUCAUUCUACGACAUUCUUGAGGGAAACAAAUCUCAGAAAGAACCGCAGGAUACAGGGGAUCUAAGCCUGCCGCCUACAGAAGCAAAGCUUGUCGAUACCUUCCUGACGAGAGUUCCCACAAGCUGUCACAUUGAAGGGGACUUUUUUGAUCGAUACUGGACCUGUCGCUACUGGAAAAUAGAUCAACACUGGAAGAAAAGCGACGGCUCACAUACGAACAGUCUUGAUGUAAAAGAACUAGAACUUUUACUAGCAGAGGUUGAAGAACAUCCAGACAGAAUAACACAAAACGAAGAUGCUUCCAAAAGGUAUGAAGAAAUCAGAACACAUAUCCGGACACAUAUAAGAACUCUUCAAGACGAUGACCACUCGUCAAUCACGGAUGAAGAUCGUAGCCAGAGGUCCACAGAGCCUGACAUGCAUAUCAGCAGGACUGUGGUCGAAGCGAUGAUGACUCUUAUGCUCAAGACUGAGAAGGAACCCACGGCUCAAGGUUUACAGAAAGGUCCUUGGCAACAAAGACGAGUCCUGGAGCUUUUGCUCGUGAGGAGAAUACUCAGAAAGAUGUUCAAAAGCUCGGACAGAAUCCUGAAGAUGGCUCGAUCCAGCAUCGAAAAGGUGAACUCGCUGGCUGUCGAGCAUAAUAAACAAGGUGAAUUCGACAAAUUUGACCUCAACGACUUUCGAGUCGCCCGUAGGUGUUUCCAGCAAGUUCAAGACGUCCUUCAAAUGGUAGAAGGAGAUCUGGCGGGGAAUUUGGCACAGAUGGAGUUAUGGCGCACUCGGGAAAAAGACCGUCAGGCAGAAAAGCCGCGAUGGACCUUGAACGACGAAAACCGCUACCGAGUUAUCAUUGUGAAACUGCGUGUUUCGAAUGAACACGAUGUUCAGAAGCUGAAGCGGAUUCAUCUGGAAAUUGCGAGCUUGAAUGAGCUUCUUGUGAAAAGGUUAGAGGUCAUGCGGAACGAUCUGGAACAGCGUCGGGCGAACGACAUCCAGAAGUUUACCUACGUUACUGUCGUGUUUCUACCUCUAGGUUUCGCAACUGGGGUGUUCAGCAUGAGCGGUGUACCCGCUGGUCAAACCCUCGUUGGCUUGGUGUUCACCGCGAUCGUGUCUUUGGCUGUCACUGCACUGAUGCAAGGUGUUACGCAGGCGUUCUACUCCAGGACACUCACCAAGUGGCGAAAGCAGGCCAUUGAGGCUGUAUCUGCAUUCCCUAAGAACUUAUAG